AUGCUUGAUGUGGCUACUCAGCAAACCACCAAGUCCCGGCGACUCCAGCGCCAUACCCUACCCUGCGUUCUCAUGCGCGCGGGAACAUCCAAGGGCAUCUUCCUCCACCGAGAUGACCUGCCCACAAAGGAGAGCGACUGGGCUCCUCAUCUCAUCUCUGCCCUCGGAUCUCGAGGGAACGAUCCUCGACAGAUCGACGGCGUCGGUGGAGGGACCUCAACGACAUCCAAGGUCGCCGUCGUGCGUCGGUCAAAGCGGCCAGAUGCAGACGUCGACUGGACAUUCGUUCAAGUUGCCGUGGGGAAAGAAACGAUAGACCUCACCGGCACUUGUGGUAACAUGACUUCUGGCGUGGCACCGUUCGCCGUCCAGGAAGGCCUCGUCAAGCCUCGGCGCGGACAAACCAAGAUGGACGUGAGGAUCUACAACACAAACACAGACCGAAUAGUCAUUGAGACCGUCGAAGUCGACAGCUCAGGCGACUACGAAGAAGACGGCACUUUCACCAUUCCCGGCGUCAGCACACCAGGCAGCGAAGUGAAAUGCAAAUUCGUAGCCCCCAUCGGCAGCAUGACGGGAAAGCUCUUCCCUUCCAAAAACCAGCAGCAGCAGAUCCUCUGCGUGGACCCAGGAUCUCUCAUGCCGAGCCAAGAAUCCCUCAAUGCCCGAGUAACCCUCAUCGACUCCGCAAACCCAUUCGUCCUCAUCGAUGCGACCUCCAUAUCCACGGCCCUCGUCGCAACGAUCUCGUCCGAAUCAUCUCGAAACGCCUUGGUCGAGUCCAUUCGCCGCGCCGGCGCCGUGGCAAUGGGCCUAGCCAGUGACAUCGAGACAGCCGGCAAGACGCGCGGUACGCCCAAAGCUGCGCUCGUUUAUCCACCGACCGUGUCUCAUGCCGGUAGGGGGAUGAGCAGUCAAUCAGAUAUCCGCGUGCAAGCGUACUCGAUGUGCUUACCGCACCCUAGUCUCCAGCUCACUGGCGCGGUGACUGUGGCAGUUGCGCUGAGCUAUCCUGGUACAAUUGUAGCUGGGCUCUCGGCUAGCCCUGCUUUCGCGGAUGGGGCCUCAUUGCCGCUGACUCCCGAGCAGUCACCCCCGCCUGAGGAUAAGAUGGAAGAGAGCUUUCCGCUAGAACGUGAAGUUCUGAUCGAGCACAGCAAGGGGACUAUUAAGGUGGAUGUGUCAAUGGAGAAGAAUGGAGGGGUAGCUAGCUGCGCCGUAUCACGGACCGCAAGGCGAUUGUUCGAGGGUAAGGUGAGGUAUUAUAUUCAAGAGAACGAGCUUUAA